CAGAAGAAACAACCUUCUAUUAAAUCACAGCAACUUCUUUUUUCUUAGCGUGUCCUCGAGUGCAGCGCAACCUCUCAUUUGCACCCUUGGAUUAAACCAUUCUCUGUGGUCAACGAUUCAAAACUAACCAAGUAUUUGAAUCCGACGGUUACGACGAUGGCUCUAGACUGUGCAUGAAUGACACGUGUUCUCAGAGAGCAGCGGCAUCAAACAAAGCAACCACAAAAUUUACGCAGCUUUAGAUCAAUCUUCUCUCUCUAUCUUUUCCAUGGAAUGGUAGAUUUGAAGUGAAAAGGUUCCACAUUGGUCAGGUCCCAGGAUGGGUAAGUCACCAGGAAAAUGGAUCAAAACCGUACUGUUUGGGAAAAAGUCAUCCAAAUCAAAUAUUUCAAAAAGCAGAGAGAAGCUUGUUAAUAAAAAAGGAGUAAUAGUUACCUCCAAGGUGCCGGAAACGGGUUUGUCCUUAGAACCAACCUCCGAUACUAUUCCCAAUCACGAUGAAGUCCAGGAGAUGGAAAACAAAGAAGCAGAUAAUAUUUUACCUGACAAUCAAGAAAUAGACUUAGUAGGAUCUACUAAUGAAGAGGAUGCACUGGAUCCAGAGAAAACGAGGCUGGAGGAAGCAGCAACAAAGGCACAAGCUGCUUUCAGGGGUUAUUUGGCUCGGAGAGCAUUUAGGGCCCUGAAAGGCAUAAUAAGGCUGCAAGCACUCAUUCGUGGGCACUUGGUUAGGAGACAAGCUGUUGUUACAUUAUGCUCUAUGUAUGGUAUUGUCAAGUUCCAAGCACUUGCUCGUGGAGGAAGAGUUAGGCAGUCUAAUGUUGGAUCUGAAAUCCAUGAGAAAUGCAACCCUCUGGAUGGCAAAUUUGUCAAGCCAAUUGCUAUAUCCACGAAAAUUGCAAAGCUGUCAGCAAAUGCAUUCAUUCUUAAGCUUUUUACUUCGUCAACUACAAUAAUGGCAUUGCGUUUGCAAUAUGUUCCGGGUGAUCCAAAUUCAGUCCUAAGUUGGUUGGAGCGCUGGUCAGCAUCUCAAUUUUGGAAACCAGUUCCCCAACCCAAGAAAAUUCAGGAUAGUAAGGCUCAAAGAAAGCAUGGCAGUAUUUCAGUUGGAGAUACUCAAACGAGUAAGUCAAAACGUACGAACAGGAAGCUUCCUACUUCGAAUUUUGAUUCAGUACCAGUGCUAGCAAAUCCUGAAUUUGAAAAACCUAAAAGAAACACAAGGAAAAUUCCAAGUCAAACCUCAGAUCCCGUGCAGGAAAAUCCACAAAAUGAGCUUGAAAAGGUUAAACGUAACUUGAGAAAGGUUCAUAGUCCUGUUGUUGAGAAUGCUGUUCCUUCAGAAGUUGAAACUGAGAUGCCAAAGGAACAUUUGGAAAAGGCCACAGUUACCUCAUCCCUUUCUGUUUCAGAACAAGAGGUCGUUAGUUUUAAUGAGAAGGUCAAGAAGGAAGCAGCAUUAACUGUUUCCAGUGUGCUAGAUAUAGAAACUACUCCAAGACUUUCAGCUAGUAAUGAAAUGCUUGACACACCAACCAGUAAUCAAGUGACUGUGGAAUCGAAGCCGUUGACUGAAAUUACAACUAAAGAUAAAAAUAUUUCCGAUGAAUUAAAAAAUGAGCCCAUAGAUUUGCCAGAGCUUAUAUAUAAAGAUGAAAAUUCUCACUUGACAAAUGGAGAUUUGAGUCACAAGGAAGAUCCAAUAGGCAGUGAAAACCAGAAACCGAACAGAAAAGGGUCUAAUGUAGCAAAGCAGGAACGUGCAGAUAAUGGAAUACAGAAUAGUCCAACUUUGCCAAGUUACAUGGCAGCAACUGAAUCUGCAAAGGCAAAGUUAAGGGCACAAGGAUCCCCGAGAUUUGGACAAGAUGGAAGUGAAAGAAACAACCAGACCCGGCGCCAUUCUUUGCCAUCAUCAACUAACAGCAAAAUUAGUUCGCAUUCACCUAGGACACAUAGACCAGUUCACUCAGGUGGCAAAGGGGGCAACAGAAGUGACAGAACUGUAUCAUCAUCUUCUAGAGAUGGGAAUGGAAAGGUAAUUCAAGCAGAGUGGAGGAGGUAAUUUUUGGAAAACCGAUGUUCUGGAGUGGAACAUGAGGAUGCCGAAACUCGUGUGGUUUAUGUGUAUCUUUGAUGAAAAUUGUUGAAUCAUAGGACUAUAGGUGUGCUUGAAUUCAGAUUAUUUCUUCACUUGCUGCAUUUUGGGCUUUGAAGGUGAUUUGUACAUUAUAGGUUUCUAGUUUUGCAUGAUGCAACUAUACCUAAUGUUAAUUAUGUUUUCGGCAUGAUUUCUGGAAUGUCCAAUUCUCAUUUAGCACA